CCUCCUCCUCCUCCUCCUCCUCCCAGGCAGGGCAAGGCGAGCGCAGCGCGGAGGAAGGAGGCGGACGAGGAGCCCCCCCGGGAAGGAAGAAGCAGCAGCUGCAAGACCAGCGCCGGGGAGCAAGGGGGCAGGGAAACCAGGACGGAUCCAUCCGCAAAGGGGGGCCCUCGGCGUGCCAGCUCUCCCGCUCCCCCCGAAGCCUUUUGCACCUUGAGCCCCCCCAAGGGGACCCACCUCCCGCCUGCCGCUUCGCUCGCCAUGCCGUCCAAUGGGGCCGUCGACACCAGAAGCCCCUCCGCCGACCGGGAGUCAGCCGACGCUCACAAGCAGGGUGAAGAGGACCCUGAUGAGAACCGCAGUAAGGCGGAGAGGCCAGACGCAGGGAUCCCCGCCAGGAAAGCCGGCCGUCCCGGAAGGAAGCGCAGGCAGCCAGUGGUGGAGAGCGCAGAAGCCCCCAAAGACACGGCCUCAGCGCCCAAGUGCCCCCCGCCUGCCCACAGCACCAGCCCCGUGGAGCAAGUGCCCAAUGGAGACGUGGGAACGGGCAGCCCCAAGAACAGCGGCAGCACCCCCACCGACCUGAAGGGCCGGCAGCCCAGCGAGGACGAGGCCAGCAGCCUCCCGGAGGGCGAGGUGGGGGGGCGGGCCUUGGAGAACGGCCGCUGCACCCCAAAGGACAGCCCCGACCCCCCUGCCAGCGAAGGCAAAGAAGAGAAGGAGGAAAACCACUACAACUCCCUCAAAAUGGAGGGAUCCCGCGGCCGCCUGCGAGGAGGAGGCCUGGGCUGCGAGUCGAGCCUUCGCCCCCGGCCGAUGCCGCGCUUGACCUUCCAGGCGGGGGACCCCUACUACAUCAGCAAGAGGAAGCGGGACGAGUGGCUGGCGCGCUGGAAGCGGGAGACUGAUAACCCAGCGGCAGCUCAGCUCGACAAGGCUGAGAAGAAGGCCAAGGUCAUUGCCGGGAUGAAUGCGGUGGAGGAGAUGCCCCCCAGCGAGCCCCAGAAGGAGGAGGAGGCCAGCCCCCCGGCCUCGCAGCAGCCCACCGACCCCGCCUCGCCCACGGUGGCCACCACCCCGGAGCCCGUGGGGCCCGAGGCCGUGGACAAAGGCAUGUCCAAGUCGGCCGAUGACGAGCCGGAAUACGAGGAUGGCCGGGGCUUUGGGAUCGGGGAGCUGGUCUGGGGGAAGCUGCGGGGCUUCUCCUGGUGGCCGGGACGCAUUGUCUCCUGGUGGAUGACGGGCAGGAGCCGAGCCGCCGAGGGAACGCGCUGGGUGAUGUGGUUUGGCGACGGGAAGUUCUCUGUGGUCUGCGUGGAGAAGCUGCUCCCGCUCAGCUCCUUCUCCAACGCCUUCCACCAGGCCACGUACAGCAAGCAGCCCAUGUACCGCAAAGCCAUCUACGAGGUGCUGCAGGUGGCCAGCAGCCGGUCAGGCAAGAUCUUCCCCUCCUGCCCCGAGAACGACGAAACCGACACCUCCAAAGUGGUGGAGAUCCAGAACAAGCAGAUGAUUGAGUGGGCUGUGGGGGGCUUCCAGCCCUCUGGCCCCAAGGGCCUGGAGCCGCCAGAAGAGGAGCGCAACCCCUACAAAGAAGUUUACACAGAGAUGUGGGUGGAGCCGGAAACCGCUGCCUACGCCCCUCCUCCCCCCGCCAAAAAACCAAGGAAAAGCACAGCGGAGAAGCCCAAGGUCAAGGAGAUCAUUGACGAGCGCACCAGAGAGCGUCUUGUUUACGACGUCCGGCAGAAGUGCAGGAACAUUGAAGAUAUCUGCAUCUCCUGUGGGAGCCUCAAUGUCACCCUGGAGCACCCUCUCUUCAACGGAGGCAUGUGCCAAAACUGCAAGAACUGCUUUUUGGAAUGCGCUUACCAGUAUGACGACGACGGCUACCAGUCCUACUGCACCAUCUGUUGUGGGGGCCGCGAAGUCCUCAUGUGUGGCAACAACAACUGCUGCAGGUGCUUUUGCGUGGAGUGCGUGGACUUGCUGGUGGGCCCUGGCGCUGCCCAGGCGGCCAUCAAGGAAGACCCCUGGAACUGCUACAUGUGCGGCCACAAAGGCAUCUACGGCCUGCUCCGGCGGCGGGAAGACUGGCCCUCGCGCCUCCAGAUGUUUUUCGCCAACAACCACGACCAAGAGUUUGACCCACCAAAGGUUUACCCGCCGGUCCCUGCCGAGAAGAGGAAGCCCAUCCGGGUGCUCUCGCUCUUUGACGGCAUUGCCACAGGUCUCCUGGUGCUGAAGGACCUGGGCAUUCAGGUGGACCGCUACAUCGCCUCGGAGGUGUGCGAGGACUCCAUCACGGUUGGGAUGGUGCGGCACCAGGGCAAGAUCAUGUAUGUUGGGGACGUCCGCAAUGUCACGCAGAAACACAUACAGGAGUGGGGGCCCUUCGACCUGGUGAUUGGAGGCAGCCCCUGCAACGACCUCUCCAUCGUCAACCCCGCCAGGAAAGGCCUUUACGAGGGCACGGGCCGACUCUUCUUUGAGUUCUACCGGCUGCUGCACGAGGCCCGGCCCAAGGAGGGAGACGAGCGGCCCUUUUUCUGGCUCUUUGAGAACGUGGUGGCGAUGGGCGUCAGCGACAAGAGAGACAUCUCUCGCUUCCUGGAGUCCAACCCGGUGAUGAUCGAUGCCAAAGAGGUCUCGGCAGCGCACAGAGCCCGCUACUUCUGGGGGAACCUGCCCGGCAUGAACAGGUUGGUCAGAGGUCUGGCGCCAGCACCCAGAAACCCGCCCGUGCCAAGGAAGCGGCCGUUGGCUUCAACUGUGAAUGAUAAGUUGGAACUGCAGGAGUGUCUGGAGCAUGGCAGGAUAGCCAAGUUCAGCAAAGUGCGAACCAUCACCACUCGCUCCAACUCCAUCAAGCAAGGCAAAGACCAGCAUUUCCCCGUCUUCAUGAACGAGAAGGAAGACAUUCUGUGGUGCACCGAGAUGGAGAGGGUCUUUGGCUUCCCGGUCCACUACACCGACGUUUCGAACAUGAGCCGCCUGGCGAGGCAGAGACUCCUGGGUCGCUCCUGGAGUGUGCCAGUGAUCCGCCACCUCUUUGCCCCCCUGAAGGAGUACUUUGCCUGCGUCUAAAGAGACACCCGCCCUCGGAACUGGCAAAGCAGAGGAGGAGGAGGAGGCGUCUCAAACACAACCCCCCCCCCCGAACAGAAGAAAAGGGGCACCAGAGAGGAGGAGGUGGUGGUGGCUGGUGGGCAAGAGGGAGGGAGGGAGAGGACGGGCCCCCCCACCCACGGGAGGGUCUACCACCCGCCCAUCUUCUCCCUGGGUCAAACCGCCCCAGACCAACUGACCGGCCCCCCUUUUCUGUUGGUGACCCUUCAAUUUCCUGCUCUUUCUGGACGGCUUCGCCUCGUCCGAUGGGUUUCCGCCUCUCCUCGGCUGAGCCCCGGGCACGGAGCCCGGCUGUCCGGGCGCCCACGGGCGUGUGCCCCCCCCUGCCAGCCUCCGCAACGGAGGAGGAGAGCCCAGAGCUGAGCGGGCCUUGGGGCGACAGCUUCGCCCCUGCUCAGUCGAGGAGCACAAAGGGAGGUGCCGGGGGGGGGCCUCCUCACGUCUACCAGCGCCAUUCCUGCGGUGGAGGGUGGGGGCGCAGGCCCGGAAGCUGCCCGCCCCUCCCUCCCUGCCCCCUCCCACCCUGCCCCCCCUCCCCACAGUAUUUGGGUGCCUACCAGGCCGGAGACCUUGACCAGUCCAGCUCCUACAGCCGCUCUUACCUCUUGUUUACAGUUUAUAUAUAUGUGAGAGUUACGUGAGAGAAAUGUCUAUAUAUAUAUAAAAAGGUACUGUUACUGCUGUACAACUGACUUUCAAAAUGGUGCUUCUACAUCAAGGGAGAGGGCGCACCCGUGGCAGCUUAAGGGGGGCGGCUCCGUGUGCUGGCCCCCGGGGGGGCUUCUCAGAUAGGGAGGGCAGGCGGGCUAGGAAGGGCGGGUGCCGCUCUCUGCCCUGGGUGUCAUGCAAUAAUGCUUUCCCCCCCUGCAAAAGGCAACCCUCAGGCCAGGGGCCCCACCCACCCACCCUCUGCAGUGUCCCAAAUAGUGGCCCCCACGUAAACUGGUGCUUUCUCACAAGGGGGGGCCCCUGGGUGUCCUCCCCAGCGGGCAGACCAGGCGCUCGACUCAGCUGAGGUCUUUCUUUCCUCCAUUUCUGCCCCUGGAACCGCAGGCUCAGCAGUGGGGGGGGGGUCCGCGAGGGGAGGGAGGUAGAUAAAGGGGGUGCCCUUUGCCGCCCGCCCCUCCCCAUUUCUCCGCAAGCACGGGAGGCGUUGGGGGGGGUCCGUGCCGCUGCUGCCCCCUUCCACCCGCGGCUGAUGUGAACGGCAGGGCUCCUGUUUUGCUUGAACAGGCUCCGGCUGUGCUACCCGUCCCCCCCCCCGGCUGGCCCCCCCAACCCACCCUUUGCAAGGCCCCCCCACCCUCCAAAUACAGGGUUGAGGGGCAGCUCCUCCCAGGGUCCUUGCGCAGAGGGCGGCGGGGUCCCUGGGCUCUGCCUCCCUUGGCAAUUGUGUGCACUUUAGUCCUUUGGGGCAGGGGGGGUGCAGAGAGCGGCCAGCUUCGCCCCCCACCCCCCCACCCCGGACGCCCCUUGGGGCGCGGCCUGGGAGGCUGCUUCUCCCUUCCGCUUGUGGGGAGGGCUCCCAGCAGGGCCCGAAGCCCUUGGUGCUAACGGGGAGCCGGGUUGGGGGUCCCCUGCUGCCCCCCGCCUCUGCCUCUGCCCCCCCCCCGCCGUCUUCCCUGCGUUCAUGGUGCUCUCGGAGGCAGCGGCUUGGUGCUGAGGAAACGCUCAGGAGCAGGGGGGGCCGGUCUGCGGGAGACUGCCGGGGCCCCCCCACUUCUCCCCCCCCCAGUGGGUGAAGCAGUUGCAGCUGGCAGGGGUGCUCUCUGGUCUCGGUGCUAACCGGGGAGCUGGCAGGCAGGCGGGGGCCUCCUCUCCCUUCCCCUCAAACUGUGAAAGGUGCUGGGGUCUCGCUCAGGACCCGAUGGGGAAGCCAAGGGAGGGGGGGCACUGGAGGGGGCUGUCUGGCAGGACCCGCUCCCAGCUGCCUCCCUGGCAGGUGAGCAGGCGGGUAUCUCCCUCUCCCGACCCCCCAGGCAGGUGGCACUUUGAUGGCCCCCACGGGGGUGGGAGAGGGAAGGAGGGGGCCGCCUUGGGGCUUAUUUUAGUCUAACUUCUUUGGUGCUAUGCGGGACGCCUGGAGCCCCCUCCCGGCCAUGACCUGUCCCUUUGGGGGGGCUUCCCACCCGGGCCAAAGGGAGCCCACGGAGCGCUCCCAGCCCCUGACCAGGGAAGCUUAUCUUGGCGGAGAAUCGAAGGUGGGGAGGGGGCAGCGGACCCUCCCCACAGAGCCUUCCUUCCAGCGACUGUUGGCUCAGUGGGGGGGGGGCUGGCCACCACCCCCAAAUUCAGCAGCUAAUGGCUGUAUUCCCCAAUUGCUGCCCCCUCCCUUAGGUCUGCCUGGCAGACCUCUUUCUGAGCAGCCCAGCUUCAUGGAACUCCCCCCACCCCAGACCCCUCCCCAAACUGGAAGUGGCCUCUCGGGAAAACCUCCUGUCUGUUUUGUCUUUUCAGCCCCCCAACUCCCCCCCCCCAGGCGUCCCGCUGUAUUUGUCUUGGAUCUGUUUUGCUGUCUGCUACAGAACCCACCUGCUUCCCCCCGGGGGGGCGAGAGGAAGAUGGGGGGGGAGGAUGGGGGGUGGCUUUAGGGACCGGCUUGACUCUGGUCUCCUCUUGUGAUAAAGAGGCCCCCCUCCCGCCAGGUUGCAAAGCCCUAGACUGAAAAGCGGAGCAACCGGACUGCCCCCCCCCCUUGCCUGAAUUCCUUUGUCGACCACAGAAGGAUAUGGGGGCAACUAAGGUGCUAAAAAAAAAUCCCUCUUUUAUCACAAAUCUCUAUUGUUAACUUAAGUCUGCUGUCUGGACAAUGACUGUUUUUUUUGUUUUCUUGUAGUGGAGUUUUAAAAGAGCUCUAUUAUUUUACUCUUAUAUAUUAUUAUUAAAAAAAAGAAAAAAAGGCAUUUUAACUUUGUACUUGAAACCUUUAAGGAAAGAUUUCAUGUGUUUUAGCCUAGGCAUUGAAGUAGCUGAGACGCUUUUACUGUUUGUGGGAAAUCAUGUAUUCAUGCUGAAGAAAUAAAUCUUGUCAAGAUCCUGGGAAGAGCUCGGCCACGUUCCCUGCUCUCCAGCCGUCGCUGCCGCCUUCCCGACAUUCCAUGCCGCUGAUCGCCUCCCCGCCCCGCCCCCUGCACCCAGCAACACCCCCCCCCACUUUACUUUUCUUUGCUAGGAUGAUUUUGGGAUGCACCAUCCUUUCUGCCGCUUUCCCCCCGCCUCUCUCCCUUUUUUUUUAGGGUUGCUUCUAUAUUUAUUGACAAAUAAAUAAUGUACAUUUCAGAGUAUGGUUCUGCUAUGCCAGGGGUGGGAAGUGUGUGUGGGGGGGUGGGAGGCCCAGCUCUCCACCCCCGCCGGGCAGGCUGUUGUAUCUCUGUGUAAGUAUUGCUGGUGACAUAGCUGUUUUAUAAAAAUAAUUAAAAGGUCCAUGGUGCCGCAGAUGUUAGAAAGUC